GGUUCAGGUUCUGUUCGCAGGGCCUCCUGGACCAGAGGCCACUCCCUGCUGGGAGCUGUCAGCGUCUGGAGCUGAGGAGGCAGGUGGACGGCAUUCAGAGUUACUGAGAGCCUCUCUCUCCGCUCUCAGACUCCAGACCUGGCCUCAUGGAUGCGCUCUGUGAAGCAAAUGGCACCUUCGCCCUCCGCCUUUUUAAGGCCCUGUGUGAAGAUCACCCUUCAGGAAACGUGAUUUUUUCUCCUGUGAGCCUCUCCUCGGUCCUGGCCAUGGUCCUCCUGGGAGCCAAAGGGGAUACCGCUGCCCAGGUGGCCCAGGUGCUUUCCUUAAACACAGAGACGGACUUUCACCAGGAUUUCCAGCAGCUACUUGCUGAGCUGAACAAGCCUGACACGCAGUACUUGCUCAGGAUGGCCAACAGGGUCUUUGGGGAGAAGACGUGUGAAUUUCUCUCUACCUUUAAGGAGUCGUGUCUCCGCUUCUACUGUGCUGAGCUGGAGCAGCUCUCCUUUGCCGAAGCUGCAGAGCCGUCCAGGAAGCAGAUCAACGCUUGGAUCUCAAAGAAGACUGAAGGUAAGAUUCCAGAGUUGUUGCCUCCGAACUCCAUUAAUGCAGAGACCAAGCUGGUUCUGGUCAACGCUGUCUACUUCAGAGGGAGGUGGAGUGAGGAAUUCGACAAGGCGUACACCAAGGAGAUGCCUUUUCGAAUAAACCAGAAGGAGCAGAGGCCGGUGCCGAUGAUGUUUCAGGACAGGGAGUUCAGACUCGCCCGCAUAAAGGAGGUGCAGGCCCAGGUGCUGGAGCUGCCAUACGCGGGCGAGGAGCUGAGUAUGCUGGUGCUGCUCCCGGACGACCACGUGCCUCUGAGCUCGGUGGAGAAACAUCUCACUUGGGAGAAGUUCCUCGCCUGGACCCAGCCUGACUCCAUGAAGAAGACCCAGGUGGCUGUCUUCCUCCCGAAAUUUAAGCUGGAGGAGACCUACCACAUGCUGUUGGUGCUCCCAGGCCUGGGGGUGGUUGAGGCCUUCCAGCCGGACCGGGCUGACUUCUCAGGCAUGUCGCCUGGCAGAGGCCUGUGUCUGUCCGCCUUCGCCCACAAGAGCGUGGUGGAGGUGAACGAGGAGGGCACGGAGGCCGCGGCCGCCUCGGCUGUGAUCGAGGUUGACUGCGGCCUGGACCAGCCCCGGUUCUGUGCCGACCGCCCCUUCCUGUUCUUCAUCAGACACAACGGCUCCCGCAGCACGCUCUUCUGCGGCAGGUUCUCCUCCCCGUAGGGGUGUGCGCGCCGCGCCUGCCCGCCCUGCCCUCCCUGUGUCCCCAGGGCCUGGGCAGCUCCCAGCCUGCACACCCGUGCUUCUCCCCCAGGCUGACCCCCGAACAGAGAUCGAGGGCCAGUAGACCUCAGUGAGACGCAGCCUGAAUCCCGUAGGCUGGCAGGCAAAGUGCUCCGCGGGCCGCAGGCUCACGUCCCACUCACUCCCGUGCGCGCUUCUUUCCUGUUGCACUGUGCUCUCUUCCUGGUCACCUGCUUGCCUGAGGCUGUCUCGGUAUCCGUCCAGGCCACUAGCCGUCCCUACCGUUUGAUACAUUUCUUGGUGCUUGAGCUUUUAGGAAUGUUCCAUAAUGCAUAUUUAUUUUUUUGGCUGUGUAGCACAUGGGAUGUCAGUUUCCCGACGAUGGAUGGAACCCAUGGCCCCUGCGGCGGAAGCUUGGCUUCCCUUCCUUUGACCUGCCUGGGAAUUCCCUCUUUAAUGCACAUCUUAUCUUUCUUUGACUUUCACUGGUCGGCAUGAAUAUUGCCAACCCUGCAUCAGGCCCUGGGGAAGGAAGUGGGGGGUGUGGACCUCUGACUGCGGCCCCAGUGGUAGAGGCAGGCAGCGCUGAGGACCACCAGGCUGGACUGGGUCCUGCCUCUAGGUGACCAUGUGGCCACUGGAGGGAUCACACGCUUCCUCGUGUUACUCUGUUUCUCCACUUCCAACUCUAACAGGGAAAAUCACAUUCAACCCUUAAAGCUCAUUUCCAGUGUCGUCUUCUCUGAGAGUUGUUUCCUUUCCUGCAUAACCAGAGGUAUGCCUUUGUACCCACACUGCCCCCCGGGAGGUGGUGCAUCUCUGACAGUAGCUCUUUGUAUAUUGCCCGUCUGUGUUUUCCAGCCUUAAGGCCCUUGGGGAUGGGGCUGUGUCUUACGCAUCAGGGUGUCACUUACAGUGCGUGGAUAAGCAAUUAGAUGAUGAGCUCUGUGACUUUAGAAAAAAAAAGAUUAGAAACCAGUUUUUCUAAUUGAUAAAUAAUAAAAACAAUUAUUAAAAAAACAA